UUCUUCAAUAGUCCGUUGCCAGUGGACUGGCGAAGGCCAAGGUCUGAUAUUUUUCUUUCGUACAUUUGCACACCGUAUAACAUAAACAUUAAAAUUAUAUUUUAUAUUUCCGACGAAACACCACUAUAACAUUUCUUCCGACAGUUUUUAAAAAUUGCUCACAUUCCAUCGCCGUCGUUGCCCAUUUGCCGCGCACACCUCAUUCGCGCGAGUGCAGUUUUUUGCGUAAAAAAAUUUUAAAUUAAAUUUUGAACCAAAAUUCGUUUUUUUUUUUAUCGUUUUUGUUGUGCGCCGUAUUUGUAUCCAGCCGCAGAGCGGUCCAGUUCGCCGCGCUAUCAACACCACACCGCCUACACGGAAGCACUAUCUUCUGACGUCAUUUCACGAAGACUACCGCCGUUUCAAAUGGACAAGUCCAGCGUGAGCGCGGUAUAUGCGUGCAUCAUGAUACUGACGGUAGCAUCGGCCACAUCUUUACAAGACUGCGAGGCUGACAUGACGGGAUUCGAGCUGGUUACCGGGUACGUGUUCACAGCACCCGAUGACUUGCUGGACAGCAUACCCGGCACGCUGAUGUUGACCGAUUGUCUGGAGGCUUGCCACGCUAACGACACAUGCGAAUCAGUCAACUACGAGACCGGGCUGUGUGUGAUGUUUUCGUCCAAUGCUGACGCAUAUCCAGGAGCGUUAAGCAAGUCACAGUUUCCGGUGUUUACGAUAUACGCACAGAAAACGUGUUUGGGCAUAAAGCCAUGUGAACGAGCCUGGUGUUUCGACCGAGUGCAAGGUUACAAGCUCAAAGGGUUUGGCAAGAAGAAGUUAGCCGCAACAUCUAGGCAAGACUGCUUGGAGUUGUGUCUGGGAGAAAGAGAAUUCUCUUGUCGAUCAGCUAACUACAACAACGGUACGGCGGAAUGCGAUAUGUCUGACAUGGACAGGCUGACAGUGGCCGGUCAGGGAGCAUUCGAACCGGCAGCCGGCAUUGACUAUUUGGAAAACAACUGCGUAGAUGAGCCGGUCAAGCUGUGCGAGUUUAAAAAGUUCCCAGGCCGCAUACUUAAGACUGUCGAUUCCGUGUACCAGGACGUGGGUUCUCUAGAUGACUGUCGGGAGCUGUGCCUUAACUCGCCGUAUAGGUGUCAUUCAUACGAUUACGGCGAUACCGGCGAACUCGUGUGCCGGCUCAGCCAUCAUUCCAGGGCUACAUUAGCAGACAUACAGGACCCCUACUUAGAAGUUCCAGAAGCUUCAACUUAUGAGCUCAACUCUUGUUACAAUAUAAGCAUCGAGUGUCGUUCAGGUGACAUGGUGGCUAGGAUUAAAACCAGCAAAUUAUUCAAUGGCAAAAUUUAUGCGAAAGGAAAUCCAAACUCAUGUGUUCAAGAUGUACGCGGAAGUUUGGACUUCGAACUCGAAAUGGCUUAUGAUGAUGUGGAGUGUAACGUAAAACAACAAGGUCUAGGUAGAUACAUGAACGACGUGAUUAUUCAACACCACGACACCAUAAUCACUAGUUCCGAUCUUGGUGUGGCCAUCACAUGUCAGUACGACUUGACAAAUAAAACAGUUUCAAACGAAGUAGAUCUGGGAAUACAGGGUGAUUUGAAGCCAGCCAUGACAGAGGAAGUUAUUGUGGACUCCCCGAAUGUUGCCAUGAAGAUUACGGACCGGCAAGGAGCUGACGUUAAGCCUACGGCCGAAGUGGGAGAUCCGCUGGCACUCCGAUUCGAAAUAUUGGACCCAAACAGCCCGUACGAGAUAUUUGUCAGAGAACUGGUAGCUAUGGACGGAGUGGAUUCAAGUGAAAUCGUGCUAAUUGACGCUGAUGGAUGUCCAACUGACCACUUUAUCAUGGGUCCCCUUUACAAAUCAUCAGACUCGGGAAGUGGAAAGAUUCUCUUAUCAUAUUUUGAUGCGUUCAAAUUCCCGUCAUCCGAGGUGGUCCAAUUUAGAGCUCUAGUUACACCUUGCAUGCCAACCUGCGAACCUGUUCAGUGCGACCAAGAAGACGCUUCUGGAGAACUAAGGUCCGUAAACUCAUUUGGAAAAAGAAGGCGGCGAAGGUCCACCAAAAGUACAUCGGACGCCAGAGACGACAUGCUGCUCGUGCAAAGCAUUCAAAUCACUGAUAAGUUCGGAUUCGGCGCGCAACAAGCAUCGCCGGAAAUGAAUCCUACGGACACAACAGCUUUUAGCAUAAAACACCACGACUACAACAUCGAUAGUUUAUGCGUUAAUUUAUUCGGUGUUAUAAUAUCAUGCCUAGUUUUUCUGGCCGUUCAAGUUGCGGUGCUAAUAGCAUGGGCGUACGUUUGGAACAAAAAGAGACACGUUGACAAGUACCAUCAACAAGAUGGACUGUCUGUGAGUAUGAGCAUACCGGUAGGACGAACGGACAGCAUGUGCAAGCUGUACGAUACGGGGUACGCAAAACGAUACUGAGUGAUCGACUUUUAAUGAUCCAUAAUGAGAUAGUUUGCCAUGACAGAUUUUUUAACCUAGAUUAGCUAAGAUACAAUUUAUAAAUUUGUUAAUCAUAUUGAUAAACAAUCUUUUUAAAGUGACAUCGCGCUCAAAUAGCCUUAACGGUCAAAAUAAAUAGAAAAAAUUUUAGUAUCUAUAAGACCGUUAACUUAUAUUUAAGCUAGACAGUUUGACUUUAAGUUUAAACUUUUUAUCUGAUUAUAAUUAUAA